AUGCGAUCGACUCUCCUUCUCUCUCUGGCUGCGACGGCCCUGGCGGCGACUCCGGCGCAGUGGCGAUCGCAGUCUAUAUACUUUUUACUCACCGAUCGUUUCGCCCGCACGGACAAUUCAACGACUGCAGAAUGUGAUACCAGUGCUGGGAGAUACUGUGGUGGCUCGUGGCAGGGCAUCAUCAACCAGCUGGACUAUAUCCAAGGGAUGGGCUUCACGGCUAUUUGGAUUACGCCGGUGACUGCCCAGGUUGAGGACUCCUCGAGUGGAGAUGCGUACCAUGGCUACUGGCAACAGGAUCUAUAUUUUCUCAACUCUCAACUUGGAACGAAGGACGACCUCCUUGCACUCUCGGACGCAUUGCAUGAGCGGGACAUGUACCUGAUGGUUGACGUCGUUGCCAAUCACAUGGGAUACGACGGCGCGGCCGAUUCUGUCGACUACAGUGUCUUCAACCCGUUCAACUCGCAAGACUACUUCCACUCUCCGUGCUCGAUUGAUGACUACGACGACCAAACUCAGGUCGAGGAGUGCUGGCUGAGCACAAGCGCUGUCAGUUUACCAGAUGUCGACACUACCCGGGAUGAUGUUAAAACCCUCUGGUACGACUGGGUCGAGGCUCUCGUAUCGAACUACUCCAUUGACGGCCUCCGAGUCGACACAGUCAGGCACGUCCAGAAAGACUUCUGGGCAGACUUCAACGAUGCGGCGGGCGUUUACUGCGUCGGCGAGGUCCUCCAAGGUGAUCCAGAGUACACCUGCGCAUACCAAGAGCUCAUGGACGGCGUGCUCAACUAUCCAAUCUACUAUCCCCUCCUCAGGGCUUUCAGCUCUACAUCUGGCAGCAUAAGCGAGCUAUACGACAUGAUCAACAGCGUCAAAUCCACAUGCGCCGACUCGACCCUGCUGGGCAGCUUCAUUGAGAACCACGACAAUCCGCGAUUCGCCUCGGAAACCGACGACAUAUCUCUCGCCAAAAACGUCGCCGCCUUUGUCAUCCUGUCCGACGGCAUCCCCAUCAUCUACGCCGGCCAAGAACAGCACUAUGCUGGUGGCGAGGACCCCGAAAACCGCGAGGCAACCUGGUUAUCUGGAUUUGACACAUCAAGCGAGCUGUACAAGCUCAUCGCCGCGUCGAAUGCGAUCCGCACCCAUGCCAUUGGCCAGGAUGACGAGUGGAUUACCUAUAAGAACUACCCAAUCUACCAAGACACCUCAUCUUUAGCGAUGCGCAAGGGCAACAACGGAACACAGGUGGUCACUGUUCUCACGAAUGCCGGGGCCGGAGGCAACUCUUACACGCUUUCCCUGCCUGAUACGGGAUACAGUGCUGGGGCCGCGCUGACGGAGGUCUUGUCGUGCACGGAUAUCACUGUUUCUGAUAACGGCGAGGUUCCUGUGCCGAUGGAAAGCGGGCUGCCGAGAGUAUUGUACCCUACUGCGAAGUUGGAGGGCAGUGGAAUUUGUCAGUAG